CUUUCUUUUCUUUAACCUCUUUUUGAAUUUUUAAUAUUAUUUGAUAUGAACUGUCAAAAGUGAUUAAAUAAAGAACCCUUGAAGGUUUCUGCCUCAAUCUUCCAUUCUUUUACUUUUUUAUAAACUAAUUUAUAUUUUAUAAGAAUGAGAUGCAGAUUUUAAGGUGAGAUUGAUUCUUGUUAAAUACAAAACAUUUGCAUUUUUACUUCAUUGUUGCCUUUCUGUUUAUCUUUCUUUUUAUGUAAUACAAUAAAAUAUGAAUUUUCUUCUUUGUAGAAAAUUUAAGAGAGAGGCAGCUCAAAAAGCACCUAACUUGGUCUAGCUCUUAACUUAAAUAACUUUUGUUUCUUUUUAGUAUUGUCCAAAAGAGAGAAAGAAAGAAAAGAAGGAAAAAACCCAUCUCUCCAAAAUCUUCUUCAGAUCUCUCCUAUCUCUUGCUCUGUCCAUAUUAUCAAGAACCCAAUUGCAGUUUUCCAUAUAUCAUUAAAUCAAGAAAUAUUUUCUUGUUCUUUACAAUGAGAGAUAUAGUAUCUUGUUUUAGUGAAAAUGCCAUAAAUGUGUCUAAUUCUUCUUGUUCUAGCUAUUCAAACAAUGCUUGUAUUUCUCCCAGCUUCAUCCCAUCUGUUAAAAAUGCAGUUUCUAGCUUUUACAAGAUCAUUCUCUCUACUCAUAAACAAAUCUUGGUCUCAGUCACUUGGUGCAAGAAUCAUACAACUCAAGGCCUUACUAUAAACUUUGGCAAUCGAGAUUCUUCAACAACAUCUUUCAAGCUUAAUACCAACACAAGACUCUUCAGAAAGAAAAAGGGCAGCAAAGUUAUCGAAUCCGAAAAUUUGAAGGUUGAAAUCUUUUGGGAUCUCUCUUCUGCUAAAUAUGAUACAGGACCUGUUCCUGUUGAAGGAUUUUAUGUCUUAGUUAUGGUUGAUAAUGAAAUAGGCCUUGUUCUUGGUGAUAUAGAAGGAGAGACUAUAACCAAGAAGCUCAAAACUAGCACACCAGUAGCUAAAGCAAGUCUUAUUUCAAAACAGGAGCAUUGUUCAGGAAAUAGUACUUUAUAUGCAACCAAGGCACAAUUUUGUGAAACAGGAAUUCUACAUGAUAUUUUGAUUAAAUGUAGUGGAGAAAAUGAAGGGCUAAAGUACCCAGUUUUAUCAGUGUGUAUUGAUAAUAAGAUGGUGAUCAGAGUAAAGAGGCUGCAAUGGAAUUUCAGAGGGAACCAAACAAUUUUUGUUGAUGGAUUGCUUGUUGAUCUCAUGUGGGAUGUGCAUAAUUGGUUUUAUAGUCCUGGUUCUGGUUCUGCUGUUUUUAUGUUUAGGACAAGGAGUGGAAUGGAUAGCAGGCUUUGGUUGGAGGAGAAAUUGGUGCAAAAAGAUGAAGAAAGAAUUGAAUUCUCUUUGUUGAUUUAUGCCUGUAAGAGCUCUUGAAGGGGGAAAAGAAAAAAAACAACUGACUUUUGUUUUGUUUAUCUCUUGAUUCUUGUUUCUCUUCUUUCACUCUCUUUAUCUGAUUUUAAUGUUUGUUUCUUAUUUCUAUUUGUUCCCUUUCUGCUUGAAAGGCAUAGAGACUUAAUUAGCAUUCUUUUGAUCACUUGAGUAAUAAUUUAGCUGUUUAGUUGCUGAUUUGUGAAUUGAUAUACUACAAAAUUAAUUAUUGGUUCUGAUUUUAA